UGCGCAUGACUGAAAACAAUACGGAAACGAUUUCGCUACAAAUUGCAUGUUGUUUCAAAUCGUAAUCGAGCGAAGAUGGUAGUUUAAUAUAAUUGUAGCAGUCUGUGUUGUCUUUAAUUUCGCACGUGGUGAUUCUGUUAAAUUUUAUAAUUUGAGGUGCAUUUUAACAGAACACAGCUAAAGAAUUAGCCUGAAUGCUAGCUGUUACUCUGGAGGUCUAACUUUAAGAUUAUAAUUUGUAUUUAAUGUUUUGUAAACGUGUAAUAAACUGUGUGGAUAUUACUGACAAUUACGGGCAGAAUGUGAAUGUAUAUUCUGUUAAAGAUUCUGUAGAUUUUAGUCAUUACUGUGUGUUUUUCUACUUUUGGUGGCAUGUUUUUGUCACAGUGAAAUUAGUUCAUUAAGCUGUCACAAAAAUAUAUAUAUAUUUACAACUCCAAGUUAAUAAGGUUUAUAAGAGAUAAAAUGCCAGCUCGGAGCAGUGUAACUGGUGGACUGAGCAACAGCAAUGUGAGAUACUCCAAACUAGCCAGUGAUGAUGAUGGAUACAUUGACCUUCAGUUCAAGAAAAGUCCACCUAAGGUCCCGUAUAAGGCAAUUGGCCUUGCCGCUGUUCUUUUUCUCAUUGGCUCAGUUUUAAUCACCAUUGGAGCUCUGCUCUUAGCAGGGUACUUUGAAGUUAAAGAUCACCUUGAGCGCACUAUACCGGUCCUCAUCAUUGGAAUUCUGGUCUUCCUUCCAGGAUUCUACCACUUAAGGAUUGCCUAUUAUGCCUAUAAGGGUUAUCGUGGCUACUCUUAUGAUGAUAUCCCAGAUUUUGAUGACUAAGUAAGAUAGAACAAAGAUUUAUCAAUGUGAUCUCCCCUCCUGUAUCUGUAGAUAUAGCUUCAGUCUAUAGUCUUCAGUCAUACAACGCCUGGAAAAACAUUGGGUAACUCUAAAUCCAAUUUAUGGAUUUAUAUUACAUAUUUCAGAUAGUGGAAAAAAUAUUUGUAACAGUUGGGAUGCUGUGCUGACACUUAGUUAUCUUUUGUGCAGAUUAAAAUUGAGGUGAGAUGAAGAAAGCUAUUUGAAAUAUUUGUCUGUUUAAUUUUUUACUAUUGUAUUUGUGUUUCCACUGUAGAAUAGGUUCUUAUGGGGAGCAGAAUUCUGUCAUUGUUCAUGCCACUAUCAUGUCUAGACCUUCCUUAGACUGGUUUCCUGCUGAAUAAUACUAAUAAUAAUAGUACUGCAUUCCAUGAUUUGUAUUUA